AUGGAGGGAAAUUUAGAUUUUCAUGGAGCGAGUAAUGAUUCGGACUUUGGAAAGCCUAUUUUCACAUUAAACUCGGGAAACUUGACGCACUGUCAUAAUUCAUUUGAUUGCAUAAUAAAUCACAGCGAUCCAACCCUCUUUAGCCACAUAAAAUAUUUACGAAAUGAAAAUAAAAAACAAUCUGAAAUCACUUCUGAUAAUUUACAGCCUACUGCAUGA